GUAACAAGGUGGUUGUCAAAGAAAAACAUCUUACUCCAGCAACACUACAUCGUACAGAUGAAGAGUAUUUAGAAAGAAAACAAACUGGACUGUUUAAUGCGUGGCAAAACCUGAAGACUCCACAAAAGACCAAACCGGUGCCCAUGGCAAAACAAACCACAAGUACGAAAGGUCACCAUAGUGGUGAUGGUAAUCUGCCCAAAGUAAGCUCAAUACUGGAAAGCAACGAGACGUCCUACAACAAAGAAAAAAUGCACUCUUUGGAAGAAAUGGUUCGAUACUUUGUCCACAAAGUGUACCCUUACCAAGUUAUAGCAAUGGGAUUGGCAGCAACAAAAUAUGGUUACAAAAGCAAAUCUGCUAUUGCUUCGUUUUUGCAUAAGACAUGCAUGAACAAUUUAAACAUUGAUGAUUGUAACAAUGCAAUUGACUAUUUACAAUAUCUUUGUCCAUAUUUUCGCUUUUGUCCAUUUUUUUAA